CUGAGUAGGUUAAUGAAUCAGCUGGUUAGAGAAGCUGUCAAACUUGUUGUUCUUGAAUCUGAAAAAGGUUUUAGAUGCGAAGAAAAGACUUAUACUUCAAUAAACUCUAUUGAUUCCUAUGCUGUUGUUAAUCCUAAUAAUCUUGAAAAAGUUCACAAAUUCCAUAUUUGUCUUCUGAUUAUGGGACGUUUUCUGUUUGCUACCAUUAGCCUUCUAAGCUGUUGUCUCAUAUCUGUUAAUGCCAUAUCGGAAGAUGUGCUAGCUUGCUUACGUCAAGAACGAUCAUCGGUCGAGAAUCCAUUGUCACGUAUCGUAACUGUUACAGCUCAACAACCAGCAUAUUUGCAUUGUCGAGUUCCAACUGGUACAACUCAUAUGGUCGCUUGGACAAGGGCAUCUGAUCAGGCUCUCCUUACGGCUGGACAUCAAUCGUUCACUUCUGAUCCUCGUUUCCAAGUCUCACGUAAAACUGAUGAAGAUUGGAUGUUAAUUCUGAGAAGAGCUGAUCAAUCAGAUAGUGGAUGUUAUCUAUGUGAAGUUAAUACGGAACCUAUAAGUACAAUAUAUUCUGUCUAUUUGGAUGUUAAAGAAGCACCAACUAUGGCUUCCGUCAAUUCGAAGAAAAGUACGAAGCUUGUUGCGAAUAUGGCUGGUAAUGAAGUUCUUCUCAACUGUACCGUUGCUCUUGGCGAUUCAUCUGAAGAAGAUGUCGUUUGGACAAGAGAUGGCAAAUCUAUUAACUUGAAUGAUACCGCAAAAUACGUAUGGAAAGUGAAAAGAGCAACUGGUGUCGUCGUACACACCGUUAGGAUUCGUGCUGCCACUAUGGAUGAUGACGGUGAUUACGCAUGCCAGAACCGUGAUCAGCGUGCAAGUCAAAUAGUUCAUGUCAAUCGCGCGGAAGCUCAGCGUAGUUCCCAAGAGGGCUCGAGGAUCUCGUUUGCUGCUGUCAUAAGUGUACUCAGCCUAGCCUAUUAUUCUUCCUUAUGA